CAGUUUCGUGACUACUAUCAAAGCCAGCAUACCUAUCAGAAAGUGGACGUCGCUCUGCACCGAGCCAGAAAUAAGCUAUGCUUCGAAUUUGUGGACCCAAAUUUUCCAUGUGCUGCUCCAUUUUGAGUGUAUGGGGCAUCAUAAUGUUGGUCAUUAUGGGCAUCUUCUUAUUUACGCACAGCGUAGCCUUCGCGGAAGAUCUGGGAAUUGAAGCCGAACACAUGAAAAAGCACGAGUUUCUGACCGAAGCGAACCGGCGGUUCACCCAGGCCGCGUACAACUGCUGGAUUGCGGCUUGUUUGUAUGUCGUGACGCUGGCAGCAUCUGUGCACCAGAUCUACAUGAACAGAAGAGCACAGCGCUCCUACUAGAAACGUAGUUCCUUUCAGUUUAAUUGUCAUUGGGGUCAUUCAAGUAUUCACCUAAAAGCUGCCUCAAAUGUCAGUGUGUUUGUGAUUAAUGCAAGUCAUAACCAAGAGACCGCAGUUGCUAGUCUCCCUUGUAAAUAUGCAAUAAAGGCUGUACAUAUGUGUUUUUCGUUA